AUGGGAACUUCAUUCCUGGAAAUUCUGCAGGACCCAUUGACUCGCAAAUUGCUGGGCUUUGACGCCAUACACGCCGAACCUAUACCCUUCAUUGGCGGGGUGACGUCGCGGAUCAAGUUUUUGCUCAACGAUGCCAUGCAGCAGCUCUCAUUCCUCAAGAUCGGGUAUACCGCCCUCGAGGCAUUCUUGCAAGCCAACUGUACGGGACCACCCUUGGAGUUCAACACGGAAGAAGUCAUUUUUCCACAGGCAUACCGAGCUGAAAACUUCGAAUCCUUGAAAGGAGCUCUGUUUGAGUAUCUUUCCGCCGAUGGAUCUCGCCCGUACCCAUUGACACCACACAUCGAGCUCUUCUGGCUCGCCAAAGUCAUCUUGUCGAAUCCCACGCUGGCUGAGGCUGGAUUCAAUGGCCGACGGGCACGUUUCCGAGUCAACUUCUGGCAUCAGAAGCUCCUUUCGGAGGAAUCUCCCUCUCUUCGGGACAUCAUCCACUUAGACGCCGAGGUUCUCGAACGCCAACUCACUUCUCGUUUAGCCUUUGGCGGCGCAGCUGCCGAAGAACAUUUUGUUGAGUUCCUCAUCGAGCGAGCGGUGGUCCGCACGCACUACGGUGACGAUGCAUUGGCACGGGCGGACCUCGCCAAAGCCGCAACGACGCGACAGUUUCAAUUUUUGCUGACCGGUGCGCUGGGCAAAAGGACCAAGUUUCAGGACAGGGAUAUCAGUCAACUCGUCGUUCUGGCCAGAAGUCGAGACCGUGAACCCGAGCCUUAUAGCAAUCGCAAGGGCGGUAAAGUCGAGGGUGUGAAAUCCAGCGAGGCUAUUGCAGAGGGUGGUGACCGUCAUGAACCUGUUUCUAUAGGUGACAGCCCUGCUGCGACCAAACCUGAGAGCCUCCCUCUCAACGACGACACCCUCCUCGAACGCAUCCAAUUCCAUUCUACCACCCCAGCGGCACCGGUGUCAGAAGACACCAUGACACACAUUGCACCCUCUGGCUCAACAACCAUCCCACCGCAACUGGCAUCUCUCAAUCCGGCCAACCAGCCGCUGCUCUUCCCCACGGACAGCAUCAUCCUUCUUGCCACCGCGAGCAGCAUCACCAACACCUCUCCGGACGACGGCCUGGUGAGGGAAGAGACCUUGCCCUACGCCACUCGAGUCCUGGAAGGAGGAUCGUCCAAUUGGCAAGUCUACACUCAAGCCCUUCUUGUCAGGAGUAGGAUAGAAGGCUACCGAGCCCGGACCGCCGAGAGAGGAUUGUUACAGUUGCAGGCGCUAGUUGAUCAAGUCAUUGUUGAAACGACAACGCCGGACUCAAACUCUUCCCCAUCAUCAGAAACCAAGAACCUAUCACCAACGUCCGUUAUAAAAUCAAAUGCAGCCCAGUCGACAACAUCAAGUACAACGACAUUCCUGCCUAAACCGAACUCUUCCGAGUCCGCCUCCGUGGCGGAACGUCUAAAAUACAUCUACCAACUCUCCCCCCCGCUGCGGUGGGAGCUCGAAGCCGAACUCGCUCAGCGCUGGACGCAGAUGGGCGGCCUCAAGACGGCCCUGGACAUUUACUACCGUCUACAGAUGUACGCGGAGGUGGCAUUGUGUCUUGCGGCGACGGACCAGGAGGGCAAGGCUGUGGAGUUGCUGAAAGAUUUGCUGUUUGCGCCGGAUGGUGCUGCAGAUAUUAUAGACAAGGAGCGACUUCGCUCUCCCCCACCAGCAGACGCCCCUCGCCUGCUUUGCAUAUUAGGCGACAUCACCGGUGAAGCCUCGUACUAUUCUCUCGCCUGGUCCGUCUCUUCGAACCGGUACGCCCGCGCACAGCGCUCACUUGGCCGGCACUACACCAAGAAGCGCGAGUUCCGGCGCGCUGUAGAGGCGUACACUCUGGCGCUGAAUAUCUCCCGCCUCGACCGAGGCAGCUGGUUCGCGUUGGGGUGUCUGCAACUGGAACUGGCGGAGUGGAUGCCCGCGGUUGAGAGCUUCACGCGAUGUGUACAGUUGGACGACAAGGACGCGGAGAGCUGGUCGAACCUGGCCGUUGCGCUGUUGAGAUUGCCCGCACCUGUGGCCGGGACAGUGGAUGUGCCCGACCAAACAGACCGUGAGUCUGCUGCUGCGACGGCGCCUGCCGGUGGUGGCGGGAUGCACGACAGCAAAGUACCAACAACCGCCGACACGGCGGAUUCUACUCUUCCUUCGACACAUCCCCCGGACCCGUACCGGCACCUGCGCGACGCCCUCCGGGCCCUGCGCCGCGCCGCCACCCUGAAACGCGACGACGCGCGCAUCUGGGACAACUACCUCACUGUCGCGGCGAGCAUACCACCGUCGGCAAACACGCCGUGGGGGGAAGUCAUCCAGGCGAUGGGCCGUGUGGUGGAGCUGCGAGGCAAGAAGGAAGGAGAGAACUGUAUAGAUUUGAAGAUCUUGGCUGUUCUGACCGACUAUGUCACAGAGACUUGGACGUAUCCUUCAACGGAGACGGAAGAGGACAACGGAGCCGGGCAGGGCCAAAUGAAGGGCGUUGGUGGUGACGAGGAAGCAGGUACCGCGAAGGUGGCUGGGCCGGAGGAAAUGCAAACGGAGGAAAUACAGAACGGCCAUGGCUAUGACCAGGCUGAGAAGGAGAAGGAGAAGGAUGGAGCGCCGACGUCGACACCAACAACAGACGCCGGCGCCACUACAACACUCUCAUCGACGACGACAUCGCCAAUGACAACGACAACGGGGGGCAGACUCCCGUACAUCCCGCGCUCCUUCCUCCAUCUAAUCGACACGUUGAUAGGCCCUCUCGCGACCUCCUCGCCGACACUGUUGACCCUUCUCUCCCGCAUCUCAAUGUGGCGCCGGCGUCCAUCCUCCGCUCUCCUCUGGGCCGAGAAAUCAUGGCGCGCGUUCCUCUCGUCAACGUCCCUCUCCUCCGUCUCCUUCUCCGGCGGGGAGGACUUUAACAAUUUGUCGCGCGACCGGUGGCACGAGGUCGUGGACAAGACGCUGUGGCUCAUGGCACGCUACCGCGCCUUGGGGUCCAUGCAGCGCGAGCGCACCGGGGGGAUUGUCGAGCAGAAAUGGCGGUUCAAGGCGCGCAGCGCGGCGAGAAGGGUGUUGGGUCGCGCCAGGGAGUGGGAGGAACGAGGGGACGAAGCGUGGGGGAGGUUAAAAGCUGCGGCUGAAGAUGUCGAUCGUGUUGAUGACGGUGAUGUUGAGGCUGUGUGA